AUGUACUACACUUCUUCUGAUGAUAGCGAGGAUGACUCGAGCAAUGCUUCAAAUGACUCGAAGAUAGCCAAGUUACUAGAAAAAAGAGAGUCUAAAAUGUCUUUGUACAGUAAGGCUUCAAACACCUCAGGAGGGGAGAAGGAAAAUAAGAAUACAAUAUCCCAUAAAAAGAAACUUAUCAAGAAGAAUCUUGUAGCAAAGCAGAGGAAUUAUGGAAUAAUGAACCUCAAGAACAUUACUUUGAAGAAGCCACUUGAAAGCAAGUUUCCAAAGGCCAAGAAAGAAAAUAAAAAGUUGACAAAUAAUAAUUUCAAGAAGAUCAGGAAAUAAUGCCUCGAUGCCUCAGCUCAGAAAGGAAGAGUCUAAAAUUCCUUCUCUUCCUACUAUUAAGACAAGGCGGUAUCAUAAUGAAGAUUUCCAUGAGAGUUUUAAAGACUGACAACAACCUCUUACUCAAAGGAAAAAGACUAUCAACAGUUAUUGGGUGAGAUUGAAACCCCAAAAAGUGCCAACCUUGCUACAGACAACUCGAAGGUUUAGGCAAAUGGAAAGCUUCCCGGCUAUGAAAUGCGGGGUCAAGAAGGAGGUUGAAGUAGUAAACCUCGAUGGUGAGGCUGAUAGUUCAUAUUUUCCCUUUCCAUUCAAGAAGAAAGCUGAUGUGAACCAUGCUAAAUUUGAGAAGUAUAAAAUCUAUGAAUAAA